AUGGCUGUUACUCAGGUUAUGAGGCCUACCACUGCCAUUGAAGAGACGACACCCCUUUUGCCACACGACGAGCCAAAAGAAAGAGAAGGAAAGCAGAGCAUCUCGGUGCUAUUCCGCGCUUUAUUGUGCGCGUUCCUCGUAUCGUUAACAUUCGGCAUCACCCAAGUUCCCCUGUUGUACGCUUUUCGAAUCUUGACUUGCGAUGCGUAUUACGAACACCAUGAGCCGGACCCUAACGCUGCCGAUAUAUGUGCCAGACGGGAAAUUGAGGCUGGAGCGGCUCGAGCUUUUGCCCUUCUUGCAUCAUCAACAACGGUUUUCGGCCUCGUCAAUUUACUUGUAGCUGGAUGGACCAUCAAACGCCUGGGCGUCAAGUCGGCUCUCAUCAUACAGAUCUUUUGGCCUGCUGUUCGUCUGCUUGUUCAGAACAUCGGUAUUAUGCACGGCGGCAAAGUGGGUAUCAUGAUCGUACAAUGCUCGCAGAUCAUCACAGUAGUUGGUGGCCCCAAUGGCUACGUUCUUUGUCUCAACUCUCUGGUGGCGGAUGUGGUUGAGCAUGAAGGGCGGACAGGUGCGUUGGGCAGACUCCAGGGCUGCAUGUACUUUGGGAGUGCCAUUGGUUUCCUGGUUGGAGGUGUUGUUGGCGAUUACUUCGGCAUACUUACACCCUUCCGUAUGACUUUGGCAUUGUUCCUGCUAUGCUGCGUGUACGUUGCAGUCUCGCUCCCGGCCAUGGCACCACCCGAAGAAGACGAAGAUGCGAAACCUCGCAAGAGCACUGGCAUCGCGCGAUUCUUCGGCCCUCUUCGUAUAUUUGCACCACAAAAAUGGUCACUACCCGAUGGUCGCCCGCGCAUGCAAUUUGGGGCCUUGACUCUUGGUAUCGGCGUUUUCCUAGGUAUUCUCGCGACUGGUUACAUUCCCGUACUCCUCCAGAUGUACGCGACCGCUGAGUUCAACUUUGGGACCAAGGAGAAUGGAGCAUUGAUAUUCCUGUAUUCAUCGUUGAGAGGUGGCUUCCUCUCGCUGAUAUUCCCUCGCGUCGUCGCUGCUGGGCGAAAGUGGCUUUGUGACGGCGAGAAGAGGAAAAUGGAGGAAGAAGAAAGAGAGCCACCCGUGCAGGUUCAUAUCAUACCACCAACACCCGCAGUAACGGAAACUGUUGAUCCUCUGGAAAACGAAGAGCCGCCAAACCCGGAGCCGACGGAUGAACAGGAGACGUUUGCAUUCGAUUUGUUCUAUGCGCGCUUCAGUCUCUUGCUCGAUGGAAUACUUACUGGGCUGGCUGUAUUUGUAUCAAAAGGUUGGCAAAUGUACCUUGUCGCUGUGCUGUUACCUUUUGCUGCAGGUACGGGUGCUGCGUCCAAAGGAUCAAUCCUCCAGAUGUUACCGAACAGCGAGCGCGUCGAUGCGCUCAGCGGCAUCACGCUCGUGGAGAAUAUUGCGCGUUUGUCGACUACAGCAGUGUUCGGACUGGCUUUCGCUGCACUUGCUGAGAUUGGUCAAAGUCAUCUAACUUUCGUGUGUAACGCAGCUGUCGCAUUGCUUGGCUUCGUCGUAUUGCUGCUCUCUCGGUUCCCACCAGAAGGUAGCCGUCGAGUCGAGGGCUGA